AUGCGCGCAACCCGCGCAACAUUCUGCUACCGACUCUGGUGCGGCACUCUCUCUUUCGACAUGCUUGACCUCCACAGAAAGUAUGGCGACGUGGUGCGUAUCGCCCCGGAUGAGCUGGCGUAUGCGGACCCCGCAGCGUGGAAGGAGAUCAUGGGUCACCGUGCCGGGAGCGUUGCAAGCGGCGGCCAGGCGCCGCUCGAGUUUGAGAAGUCGGAGACGUUUUACAGGCCGAUUGCGGACCUGCCGAGGGAUAUCAUCACGGCACCUGGCCCGGAACACGCUAUGCUAAGGAGGACUUUGAGUCACGGGUUCAGCGAUCGGAGUUUGAGGGAUCAGCAGCCCGUGAUCAUGAAGUAUGUUGACAUCUUUAUCGCUAAGCUGCGAGAUUUGGCAGAUGUUCCGGCUCAGAAGGCGUACCGAGAUGAAGAGGGCGACGGGGAUUCUUCCGCGAUGGACCUUGGUGAAAAGGGAACGGCAGAUGUCGGGGAGCCGGUGAAACUGACGCUAUGGUACAACUACUGCACCUUUGACAUCAUCGGAGACCUGGCCUUUGGGGAACCGUUUGGGUGUUUGGAGGGAGGGGACCUACACCCCUGGGUGAGGACGAUCUUCCAAAUGAUCCGGUUGGGCGUCGCACUGCAGACGGCGAACCACUUUUCGGUACUGAGCCGGUUCAUCACGGCGGUGAUGUCGACCAAGGCAAUGAGGAACAGGCGCCUUGAGCAUCAGGCUAUGACGAUGGAUAAGUUGAAGAGGAGGAUUGCGUUGGCGGAGAGGGAAGGGCCGAGGGCGGACUUGAUGGAGGGGCUGUUGAAGAAGAGGGAGGAGUGGAACCUUUCGUUGCAACAGCUCGAGGGCAACGCGAGCAUCAUUAUCAUUGCGGGCUCCGAGACUACGGCGACGCUGCUUUCGGGGGUGACGUAUCUCCUCUUGAAGAACCCCGAAAAGAUGCAGAAGCUAGUGAACGAAGUCAGAACGACGUUUGACAGGGAGUCGGACGUCGAUCUCAAGUCUGUGAAUAAACUGACGUACAUGCUCGCGUGCCUGGAUGAAGCGCUGCGGUUGUAUCCGCCUGUGCCGACUGGUCUUCCUAGGACGGUGCCCGAAGGCGGAGCUAUGAUCCGCGGGGAGUUUCUUCCAGAGAAGACGACUGUUGCCGUCCAUCAGUGGGCCAUGUACCAUAACGAGGCAAACUUCAAGAACCCCUUCCUCUUCCACCCGGAGAGGUUCCUAGGUGAUCCGGAGUAUGCUUCUGAUCGCAGAGAGGCGUUACAGCCGUUCCACCUUGGACCUCGAAGUUGCUUGGGACGGAACCUCGCGUACGUAGAGAUGCGGAUCAUGCUAGCGAGACUGCUUUGGAACUUUGACAUGGUUCUGGCGGAGGAGAGCAAGGCUUGGAUGGAGACUCAAAAGAUUUAUACUCUGUGGGAAAAGGGGCCAUUAAAUGUUUACUUGAAGCCUGUCAUACGUGACUGA